GAGAGUGAACAACAGAAAGUAACGCCAGGAAAAGAAGAGGAGAAUAAACGGUCCCAGCGGUUUGACGCAGUUUAUUUAUAUGAACGCAUCGCACUGUAACUAAUGGUUAACUGUUACGGACUUUGGAUGCCGGUGUCUCUAAUAGGACCACGCCACCGAACAAAGUCGGUAUUUUAAAUGCCGAGAGCAGGACUUAAGAGAGGUAUUCCGCACCGGUCUUCCUGCUCAGAGCGGUUUUUUUUUUUUUCAAAAGGGACCAUAGUUACCAUAGUUAGCUUUCCCGAUGAUGAAUUACAACUGAAAACAAACGGUUUUGUGUAACGAAAAAUAAGUAUUUAUAGACAUGGCGAACGUUGCUGUAAAUAAGUUUGUAGAGAUUUGUAAUUAUCUCCAAGACCCCAUCCAUGUCGCCAGGUUUCAAAAUUUCUGCGGCGUUAAAGGGACAUUUCCGGAGAAGCGGACCCAGCCGGACAGCGGGCAGCCGGACCCGGACGCUCCGGGACUCAGACAGAGGGUCCAGCAGAGCGCGGAUGAAGAUGUGGGGAACGGGGAUAUCUCCUUAGCUCAGGUUAACGAGAAUCAGGAAGAGGACACGACCAGGCCCAAUGGUCCAAAAGCGGCAGAGACCGUCAGAGCGCCCCUCCGGAGGAACUCCCUGACCGGGGAUAUGGGUCAGGAGUUCCUGAUCCAAAACAAGUUCCUCUUCUACCUGUUCACCUUCGGGACAGAGCUUGGCAACGAGAUGUUCUUCAUCGUCUUCUUUCCCUUCCUCUUCUGGAACAUCGACGCACUGGUCAGCAGGAGGCUCAUCGUGGUCUGGGCCUGGAACCUGUUCGUGGGACAGUCUACCAAGGACAUGAUCCGCUGGUCCCGACCGGCCUCCCCUCCCGUGGUCAAAGUGGAAGUCUUCUACAACUCAGAGUACAGCAUGCCAUCCACGCACGCCAUGACGGGGACAGCCAUACCUUUCUGUCUCUUCAUGCUGACCUAUGGACGGUGGGAGUACACCUUCCUGUUUGGAUUGUCUGUGGCUCUCAGCUGGAGCCUCCUGGUCUGCGUCAGCCGAGUCUACAUGGGCAUGCACUCUGUUCUGGAAGUGAUCACUGGCUUCCUGUACAGCCUUCUGGUUCUCGCCUUCUUCCAGCCGACCUUGGACAAGAUCGACAACUACUACAUGACGGGCCAUUACGCUCCUCUCGCCAUCGUCUUGUCACAUGUGAGCCUGGGACUCGUAGCGUUCUCUCUGGAUUCGUGGAGCACCUCCCGCGGCGACACCGCUCAGGCUCUCGGCACCGGGGCCGGCGCCGCCCUGGCUUCACAUGUGAACUACCAGCUGGGUCUGCUGCAGGAUCCUCCGCUGUCCUCGCUGCCGCUAACUCUGCCGCCGAUCACCACGGGUCUGGUGUUGCGCUCCGUGCUGCGCUUCGUCAUCGGCGUGGCCGUCCUCCUCGCCACCAGAAUGGCCAUGAAAGCAGUGACUAUCCCGUUCUUGUGCCGACUUUUCGGGUUGCCGCCUGACGACGUGAGGCGGGCGAGGCAGCAGAUGAAAGUAGAGCUGCCGUACCGUUACAUCGUCUACAGUGUUGUAGGUUUUGUUUGCGUCUGCUUUGUGCCUGUCCUCUUCUGGAUCUUAAACCUUGCCUAAGUUUUCUAUGCAAACUGUUUGGACAUUUUGACGGACGAUGCCAUUUGGGAAUCUGCUGCUCGUUCAGGCAGAACGCAAGUUGUUUCCGGAGCAACCGAAGCAUAGUUAAAGGAUGAAGCUGAUAUUUGGGUAAAUAAAUCCAACCAGAAAACCACAAAGGGAUGUAAUUAUAUCAAAUGUUGUCUCAGCCAAAGAAAAUCUAAAAAAAUAAAAUAAAACACAGCAAACCCCAACAAUAUAUUAAAAAUAAAUCUUCCUUUUGUCCUAAGAAUCUAUAUUUAAAUACACGUGGCCCACUGAAGCACUCAUUUAUUUUUUUAAAGAUGCAUAAUCUCUCUUUAAUUAUUAGUUUUUUAGUUAGUGAUGCAUUUCUAAUUAAAAGGAGAAACCUGAUUUACCUUCAUCUAUGACAUUGACCUACAGAAACACUGGCAAAUCACAAUUCUGUUUUAUUUUUUGAAUAAUUUAAAAAAAUAUAGAAGAAAUGUGCUGCAAGAUAUGUUUUUUCAUUCCAACAGAAAAUGAAAGAACCAUUUCCUUCAUUUUCUGUUAUGUCAUUCAGUUGUUAUUCUGUUCACAGACUGAAAAUGGUGAGCUUCUUGUUCUGAUGCAGUUAAUGAAAGGGGAAAAUAUGUUUUUGGCUUUUUUGUCUGAGAUGGCGAUUUCUUAUUAGAAAUUAUCAAAGGAAAAUUGGACAAUUCUGAUCUCUGGUCAAUAGAUUGGUGCAUCUUUACUCAUCUUUUCAUUUUUUUAAUUCACAUCUUUCACCACAAUUAUCGACAAACAUCUGCCUCUCGUCUUUUCCAUUCUGCCGAAUAGCUAACUGGCUUUCAUGCCAGUAAAUGCAGAGUGCACAGUAAGUGAAAGAAAGUGCAGUAUUUAUUUCUAACUUUUAAAUAUCUGAGCAAAGAAAACAUUCAGUUUAAGACAACAGUAAAGACAACUAUUGCUAUUUAUUAACAUGCUUAGCCUCUGUCCUUCAGAUGUAACAAUUAUUAUAUCAAAAACAAUAUCACGGCCCUUUAAAGAUUUCCAUAUUGUCAAGGCGUUUAGAUUUCAACUGGGCCUUCAACGUGUAUUUCAACAACUACGUGUUUCAAAUGUAUUCUAAUGGUUUUGAGUUCACUGUUGAAGACCCUAUUUCACAUUUCCAAAGGUUGUUAAAAUAUCCAGCUGUAUUCUUUUAGAGAUUCAUAUUUUCAAAAUAAUUCAAACCACAGGAGAGAUUGUGGCAGAUCUCAUUUGCGGCAGUGUUGGAAGUGAAUUUUAAAAGUAUUUAAAUGCUCAUGCAUCAGGGACCUUCAUUAUUGGUUUUUGACUUUAAUCUUUUUGUGUUGUGUUUCAGUAUUUCUACUGAUUAUUCAGCCCAAAUAUAAGUACACUCAGAAAUAACCAUUUGGAGAAAUAAUAAGCAUAUUUUUUUUGAUAAAUUACCUGAAAUUUUGCUUUUGCAACAAGUAAUCUGUAAAAUUGUCUCUUAUUUAUUGUUUUGGUUUCCAAAGGCAUCUCAUCUGACAUUUAUAAACUGCAAUAUAUAACAACUUUGACUCUACUUUUGCCGUUGAUAUGACUGUUUGUAUUUUGUUGUAGAGUAGGUUAAUUCUGGUAUUAAAACCAAUAUAUCCCUUUUCAUAUGUAGAUGUUUUUCCAUCAUCAACUCUUUCCUUUUAUACCAGAACAAUGCACAUUAACUCGGAAACAAUGAAAAAAAAAUGUUUUUUUUUGUUUGUUUUUCUGUCA